CCAUGUUUCUCGUGAUGUUGGUGAAUUAGUGGAAUAAAGACGUUAUAAAAUACUAAAAUAACCCAUAAAAAAACAAUUAACACAUUUAGUAUACAUCAUUUUUUUAAAUUUCGAGUAAUAAUUUAUUCGUAUCGAGCAAACAAAAAUGGCUGAUGAUGAUCCGUGGUUAUUAAAAGAAGACGGUUAUUUAAACGUUGAUACAGAGUGUAAAAGCAUUGUGUAUCAUCCAAAUUUAAACGUAUUGCUUAUCACAACUGUCGAUGCCCAAGUUUACGUGUUUGAUGUCAACUUUGGUGGUAUACUUCAACGGAGUUGCCUGUCGGGCAAACCUGACGGAAAACUCCAGGGUGUGUACCUGGCCGAGGGCGUAGACAAAGUACUGUACACAGAUGGCCGAGGAAUUGGUGUACGCAGUGACUACAAUGGUGUACUUCUACUAGACACAAUACUACAGACUCCAGUAUUGAAGAGUGAAGACGUUAUAAAACUCGAGCUACUUCUGUCAGAGGCUAUACUACUGCAUCAGUGCCUGAGGUGUGUUGAUCUGCCUGGCGUUGAUCAUGUCCAGGAUGUACUCCACGAGCUGUGGAAUAAAAUUCUUGCGGCACAGGCGACGCAGAAGAAAGGGAUAAAAGCACAAAAAUGGAAUACAAUAUGUUUGGAGCUGCCCCACGGUGUAUUGAAGCUAGUGUGCUCAGGUCUUGUGAUGGAAUUGAAGCGACAAAAUAAACACAUACCAGCAUUACCAAUAGCCUCUGCCAUAAAUGAACGACUGAACGGUCUCCUUCCUGGCCUCAUAUUGGAGGGUGGACCAGCCGACAAGGCCCUCAUGUUCAGUGAGGCAGCACGACGCGAGACAUUUUCAAAAUGGCCCCACAUGAACUACAAAUGGGCAUUACCAGGACACAUGGCACAGGCUGGCUUUUACCAUGAGCCCAACACAACAGCUGAGGACAGAGCAAUGUGUUUUACCUGUAAUGUGUGCCUCGUGUGCUGGGAGCCAACUGACGAACCCUGGUCUGAACACGAGAGACAUUCACCAGCUUGUCCAUUUGUCAAGGGCGAAUACACCCAGAAUGUUCCUCUGUCAGUGACAUUAGCCACUGCCCCAGCACGUGAAUCCAGUGAUAAUGUUGAAGUUAUUGGAACAACUAAUGUUGCUGGUUUAGCUGCUACUGCAUCGCACAAUGGACUUGUCAAUGUUUGGAAUAUUACGAGUCAAAUGAAGGACGAAGUAACAUUCUACGUAUCAGUCUGCCACCAAGAGCCCAACAACAAGUCCACAAUUCAGUUCUACGGAGCAAGGAAUUCAUCCACUCCGUACCUGUCAGCUCUCCCCACAGAUCCAGACCCCCUGAGUGAUUUCAAGUCUCCUCCGAACUCCCACAAGCUCAGUCUGACCUCCCUGGCCGUCCUGGGAGGCCCCAAAUCCUCCCUCGACGAGACGAAAUCAAGCACAAGUGCCAGCAGUACCACUUCCAAUCCCAUUAUAGAGACCUUGGACUCGAGCAUAAGGCCCUGUCUCGUGAGUGGUGUCACAGUGAACUCAGUCAACAGUAGUUCCCAGCUGAGAACACUGGAGAACGUGUGGGCCUCCACUGAUCUGGCCCCCUCUGCCUCCCUCGUUCGGGCCAUGAACAGUGUUAACAGUGCUGCCAGUGAUAGUUUAGACAUAAUGAAAGUUGCUGGUGAUAAAUACACACACAUGAAGCAUCAUUAUCUCGUGGUUUAUGAUUUUCAUCAUAAAGCAACACCGCAGAGCAGUAAAGACGAUCCACCAAAGCCGGGGAAAACCAAGAAGACCCUGUCAGGUACAGGGACCAGUGCAAGUUCAGCGAGUGGUCGUCAGGAGAACUUCUACCAAGAGAUCUACAUGUCAAAGCUGCUCUACGAGGCCCCAGUGAUCGAGGACGUGGACUCAGAGAUGGUAGUUGGCAGCCACUUCGACGGAAUGUUCACGACAACAGGUCUGACCGCUUCCUCCUCGAACACUCUGUACGCCCCGCCCUUCGGUUACAACGUGGCCCCACCCUCCACGAGCCCCUACGACGCCAACUUCAACCCCAUGAACGGUACAGAGCAGUUCGCCUCGACGUCCGAGCUCGCCUCAAUAACCAAGAAGCCCGAGCUAAUAAAAACGAUAAAAGAAGAUCCAGUUGUCCUCCAGACAGUCUCCAUCGAGGCUGCCCCGAGCCUUCGAAUAACGUACACAGGUCCCACGAGGGACGGACGACACCUCCUGGUGACGCUGUCCUCGCCCUCAAGCCCUCACCCAGACAAUCUCCAAAGUCCCCCCAACACAAAUCAAAUGGACAUCGACGAGGAGUGUGAAUUCUUCUCCCCAAAGAGCUACAUGUACUGGGACCAAAACGACGAAUCCUCAAAAUUGAUAAACGGCGAGAACCACAACGACACCUCAUCCCCCGAGAGCUCCCUCCUCCUGAUCUACACGCUAGACUUCACCGAGAAGGUGCCAAAAAUUGUGCCCGAGCCCCUGCUAAAGCGCGAGCUGCCCCCCGAGCAGACCCCAGUGGAGUGGGUGUUCCUGCCCCUUCAGGAGAAGGAUCGACUCUCAAACUCAUCAACCGAGCCCAGAGGCCAGGUCGCCCUGGUCUGCAAGGACGGAGUGGUUCGCCUGCUGGACCUCAACACCCUGAAGAUAGUGACAGAGGCGAGAUCAGAGACCGAGAAAUUCAUCUCAGCGGCUUACUGCAACAGACUGGAGAGACUCUGCGCCUGCAGCAGCACUGGCUCCCUGAGAUUUUUCGCAACAACCGAGGAGGACGACUCUGGCGAGGAGAAGGAGGAGGUGGAGGACAUCAACAUGAUGGUGACAGAGACAGGGGCAGUGCCCAACGACCAGAUAACCCCGAGCACUUCGACCUCAUCGUCUGCCUACCAAGAGCCCAUAAUCGCUCACAGAUCUAGCCUGACGUAUCCAGACUUGAAGACCCUUUACGAUUUAACUAAAUUCGACAAACACUCGCCAGCCUAUGGGGCUACAGUGCCCUCCUGCUGGAGCGAGAUGAUGCAGGCCCAACGACAGCGUCGUUAUCCCCAACACCUGCACCAAUCAGAGGAUCAGCAUCACACGAGAACCUGGAGGCUUCAGAAUGACGCGACAACGUGGGACGAGCAUGUUUUCGAGCUGACAUUACCCAGGAAUAUUGCUGGGGGCAUUGGCCAGGUGGACGUGAGAUUCUCCCUGCACUCGUCGUGUCUCGAGCCACCGACGAUUCAAGUAACCCUGCUGAAGCAGAAUAUAACGGGCCUGGGACACCACAAGUCCCCACUUACUCCAGUGGACGAGCGCAUUCACUUCAACAUCAGCAACGAUCAGAAGGGGGAGAAUCCAAUUGUCAGUGAGGAGUAUCAGCGCCAGCACAAUACCGAAAUACUCUGUGGCCCCAUCAACCUGAAACGAUGUAUGGACCUGUCCGAUCACUCUGGCUGCGUCACCCUGACGAGCCCCAAGCUCUUCAGAGCCAAAGCGAGAACCCUGUUAGUUCACAUAAAAGCGCUUAUCGAUCCUGCUAAGGAUCAGAGCGGUCCCAGUGGGUCUAAGAGCAGGGUGAAUCUGCUGGAGACUAAGCCACCGACUUCCAAGAAACUGAGGAUCGACGAUGCUGGGCCUUUUCUGCCUGGCGCCACUGUCGAGAGAAUAGCUGCCAGUGCCAGUAAGAAGAUUGAGUACUACAUCGGCUGUGAUUGGAUCCACGAGAUAUCAAUUACCGUGAGAUCGGUGCAGGCGACCACUGUUCCCUUGGAGAGAAUGCAGCGCUGGGUGAUGCUGGAGUCCACUCUGUUCACCGAGAAUCUUCUGAAUGUUGCGUGUCUCCAGGGGAGUGAUAAAUCACUUGUCUGUCAGUCUCUGGCGCUUGAUGUACUCGUUUGGGUCGCUGCCAUCAGACUAGCCAGGCUCAGGGUGGGCCAGAAUGCGACUGAGGCCAAGACGAUGCAGCUGGACACCAUCAGGUGCAUCCAGGGGAGAUUACCCAAUCUGCUGCGCACCUGCAUUCUGAAUGCUGGCAGAAGUAUUGCUCACAAGUGCGUUAAACUCAUUGUCAUCUGCAGCGAGGGACUGAGGAACCUCGAGGACGUCACUGUUCACUCGUUCGAUGAGGCAGUUCUCGCAGUGAUUGUGUCAUUGCUGCCAACAAUCGUUGGAAUCCAGUGGGCUGGCUCCCUCAGGUGGCUGUCGAUCCUCAUCACGAGGCUCCUGCCACUGGACAAGAGCCACAGUGUUGCUCAACAAUGCGUCAAUAUACUGCAGCAGAUAUCCGGGGAAAUGUCGAAUCGAGUGAAUCCUUAUCACCUCCUGUUGGCAACGAGAUUUGGACUUUACAAUAAUCCUUUUGAGACUGAAUUGUUCGACGUGGAGCCACCGAUGCCACCGAAGUUUAGCUCGUUACCACUGACUUAUGCUUCACUCGUCAGUGGAGAGCAGACAACAUCCUCAGUGACAACUGCCACGACUCACUACACUCAGGAUCACAUAGACCUGAGGGAUCUCCUGACCCUCCCCACGAAUCCUAAUAGCGAUCUUGUGGUGCCCAGCAAGCUCAAGGCAUUGUGCACCAAUCACAGUAUGAAGGGACUGCUGGAGGUGGAGCCACUUCAUUUCACUUGUCAUGGGGCAUCUGAUGGCACGAAGAUGGAGAAGAUUGAUUCUGGAGUGAGUGCCAUUAAUCUGGGGAGUUUGUUCGAGAAUUCAGCUGGAAGUGGAGGUGGCAGUGAGCUCAAGGGGCCCAAUUUCGGGGAGGAGAUGAACUUUCCCUGGGGGAGACUGCUCUGCUGGCCCCCACAGCAGGCCCUGGUGGUGGAGCGAAUGCACUCGGGGGCGAGGAGAUUCGUGACACUCGACUUUGGGGCGCCAGUUCUCCUCACAGACCUCAUGAUCCCCUCCUGCAGCGAUCUGGUCUCACUCUCCAUUGACAUUUGGUCGAAGAGUGAGGAGGGGGAUGGCACCAGGCUCGUUGUGGCUGGUGACAUUGGCUCUAAACCCCUGGUUGUCAACGAUCUUCAACCCCCACCUGUCUGCAGAUACCUGAAGAUAACGACCAUAGGGCGUUAUGGGAUGACAACGACGAGGUGUAAGAUCCCUCUGGGGAUGUUUUACGGUCACAUGGUGGUGCUUCCUGGUGAAGAUUACUCGGAAUCCUCGGAUUGUCACUCUGACGUCAACGGACACGACGUCAGUCUCCUCUCGACGAUCGAAUCACAAUGCAGUAUUCUGUCAGCUCUCGCUGAGGACGUCCAGUGCAGGUUUAGCCUGGCUACGGAGAGGCUGAAGGCACUGCUGGAUCCCCUCCUGUGCACGGAGACACCCAACGUCAUGCACAUGCAGCAUUAUCUGUGCAAGGGGAAGAGCCCAGAGAGCAAGGAGCAGCCCUCCUCCAAGAUCCUUACGACUUACCAGGAGUGCAUCAUGUUCCAGCACCAGUUGAACGUUGUCAGGGGAGUUUGGAGGAGGCUGGAGGCCUGGAAGGGGCCCAGUCCCCCACCCAACGUGCAGCUGGCCAAUGUCCCCAGUGAUAAAUUGAAAAUACUGGGGGAGACAUUGUCUGAUAUUCUACUCUACACAAUGUACGAGAUUGGGCCAGUGCCUCCAGUGCCAUCAUCACUCUGUGAGAUAUUCACACCCACAAUUUGCGAGAGAUUCUUCCACUCAGUUUGCGUCGUAACACCGGCUCCAAGGCUGCAGCUUCACGCAGCAGCUCUGCUAGCUAGAGUAGCUGGCCAUCAGCCCUGGUGGGGUAACUUCCUGGCGAAUACCCUGGUGAACCUCUACGCGACGUCCUCAACACACAUAUUCCCGCAGGACAGGGUGUUCAUACUGCUGACAUUCCUGGGGCGAAAAUCGCUGAUGGCUGGAGCCAAUAAAUCAUCAGUGGUGGAUUCGAUGGUGCGAACACUCGGACGACUGCUGCUGCCACUGUCCAAUGGCCAGUCAACAGCAGCCAGACUCGAUACAACUCUCAUAGGUUGGGUACUGCUCUUCCUGUCAGUCUGCCUCGACACAACAGCCACCCACUCCACGUGUUCUGAUGACAAUAGCGACAAGAGCAAGGAGCAAGGGGUGUCCUCUCGCUGGGAGUUCCUCCAGGGUGAGUCAGCCAUGCAGCGUAAGUACGUGUCAGCCAACAGAUCAUCAGCCUCUCGAAAUUACCGUAAGAAGAUUCAGAAACGUCUGAUGCACCACAAGCAGCAGCUCCAGGACAUCGAGCAGGCGAAGAAGGGCGCCCAGUCGCCAUCGACCCAGAGCUACACCUGGUCGACCAUCACUCAACUUCCAACAGUGCUCUCGAAUAAACUUGAGGUCCUCAAGUCCCACGAGAGACACCUCAAGAAGACGCUGAAGCAGCACUCGGCGUUCAAGCACUUCAAGGACAUGAUGAGGCGAAACGAGCCUCCACACGUGCCUCGAGGCCCCAGGAGCUCCUCCUCGAGCUCGAGGUCAGAGCCCCCAGAGGUCGAUCUCGACUGCCUGGCGAAUCUCUCCCACCAGCACGUGCUGCCAGUGGCCAGAGGCCUCAUCUCCCUGAUUCUCAGUAAUUCCUCGAACGUGGAUAUGUUUCUCCUAGCUUGCAAGGUCGUAGCUCGCCUGGUGGUCUCCACUCGCCCAGUGAUAACCCUGGGAGAGCUGAUGAACGAGGAUCAGCUCCUGAAGUUGAUUAAAUUAGCAACAGGCACUUCAGACACUGCCUGGUCCUCCCACGCCAUCUCCUGCCUGCUGCAGGACCUCCUCGAGGGUGGGAGGCUCUUCCCGAAGCCCUCACCAACCGCAGAAGCCGAGACAGAAGAGAACUUCGAGGCCCUGGGCGUGGAGGAUCCUCAAACAACCGAAGAGGACUUGGCUGGAGUUGCUGGGACCAGUGGAUCCACGACAGUCGUCAACGACGAGGGCUUCGCCGACGGCGAUGGCGACGAGGACACCCAGGACAGCAUAGCCCCACCUGCCACAGCCUCCACCUCGAAAUCCAAUGGCUUCGAGUUGUCCUCAUUCCUGGAAUCGGACGACAGUGAACUCGAGGAGUUUCUCGACGACAUUCUCGAGCGUGGGAAGAACAUGCUGAAGAAGGGUAAUGCAAUCACGAAGCUGCCACCCUCAGCCAGCUCGGGGAUCUCCCUGGCCCUCGACGCGAGACUGGAGUAUGGGGUGGAGAUGGGGGUGGAGAUAGCCCUGAGGAGGUACUCCACCCUGGGGGCGUACAACCUUCCCCUGAGCAUAAACGCGACUAUCCAGGCCCCGGUGGAGGUGAAUCGCCCUCAGGCGUCGACCUCCAGGGCCUCGGGGUGGGCAGACAGGGGCCAGGACAUCAGAAUGCCAGCAGAGCCCUCGCCCUCGAGCCUGUCGAUGCUCACACGAUGUUUCGACAGAAUUUUCACUGAUCUCUCCCUCCAAGACUCCAACACCAGCCUUGAAUUAAUCCUCCAGCUGUGGCUCACACUGAACCUCGACGCCUCAGCAGACUCCUCAAGCACUUCAACUCAAUUCGACUCUUCCCUGACGCCAGUGAUACCCCUGAGUUCCACAGCAAUAUCAGGAUUGAUAGCUGCCUUGCUGUGGAACCCAGUGUCGCUGAGGGCCUGGUGCCUGGCCCUGCAGACCCUGACCCUCACCAGCAACGAGCCGAUGCCCUCAGACCACGUGGACCCCAGCAUCAGCACUCCCCUGGACGGACUCCUGGGGGGAAUGGCCAGUUGCAUCGUUAAGGAUCGAAAUAUGGGGGCAAUGCUGCUGAGACUUCUGUCCGGCAAUGGCCUGAACGUGGAGCCGAGGGACAAACAGUACAUGAUGGCAGGGCCCAGGGUGGGCCUCGCCCUCCAGGACUUCCUGGUGAGACUCGAGAUGAGGUGUGACGUGAUAACUCCAGGAAGUUCCCUGGGAAAUGCCCUGAAGGAGCUCCUCCUCUGGGUUGUUUACCAGUUGGUGCAGCCUGGGGGCGCCCUGGUGGCUCGAAGAGGCCCCCUCGACGCCCAGUGCAUCCUCAUAACGUCGUUGAUCAACCUCAACUUCACUAACACCGAUCUGGGAACUGCGAUGAGCAUAACUGAGUGCGUUGGAGUCCUGGUGUCGACUUACGUGAGGGGAGCCAGGGUUGGGGUGCAGUGCAGUGGUGCUGUGGACUCUCCAAACCACUCUGGUGGUUUCGGAGGGCUAUUCGCCUGUGUUCUAGGCGGUGGAACACGACAGGGAAGGCCCACCAACUGGGACACCCUCGUCGUAGCUCUCAUAAAGCUCGUCUGCAGGCUGGUGCAGACCCCUCUGCCCUCGAGACUCCCGAGGACAGACAGCUCAAUCGACAUGGAGGUGGGGGAGUCGAGGUCCUCAGACCUCAUCACUCAGAUUGGCUCGCAGACAGACGAGAGUAAAGUCGCCGAGCAGACCUCCAUGAGAAUGAACCAGGGGGCCAUUCCCAAGCCCAAGCACCCCUGUGUAGCUGACACUGUCCUGCAGCACGAGCCCACCAUGAUGAGGCUACUGGGGGCCCUGGGCUCCAGCACUGGCUCCUCCCUCGCCAUGUUAUUCAGUGAGGAGACAGCAACUGGUGUCUCAGAGCUCGGGGAUCCUGCCUCCAUUCCAGACGCCACUUUCCAACUGCUGUCGACACUCAUGAGGAAGUCGACGAGUCCCAAUCUUGUGCUCAAUCCCCUCUACCGAUAUCUGUCCUCAACUCACGAACAAAUGGGUAAUGACAGACGAGUGGGGGUUCUCCAGCUGUCGGAGCCCCUCCUCUGGUACAUUCUCAAGGUCCUGGACACCGAGGCAUCGUUGACAGUCUUCACGUCGAUGGGGGGUGUCAAGGUCCUAUGCGAGAACAUGGUAAAAUCCUCCAGUGCCAGCCAGGCGAAUACCGGUGCCUCGACACCUGGGGUAAUUGCCCUUGUCAUGCAGCACCUCUCGAAUGCCCCCAAUUUGGCAGCUGCCACUGCCACAACCAGCAAAAAAUCGUCGGGAACUCUGGAGACUUACGAGGAUGGGGUCCUGAAUUUCGCUCCUCUCGGGACAAUCACCUGGGUGAAGCCCAUGGUGGAGCCUGCUGACGUGCUCAUUCAGAGUGCAGCUCCCCACAGAAGAGCGAGAACAGCAGCCUGGAGCUACCACUUCUUCCCUGGCGAGGCCUGGGUGGACCUCACGAUCACCCUCCCCUGCGCUAUUCUACUGAGGGAAGUCGAGCUCCAGCCUCACCUGACCUCCCUAGCCACCUGUCCCUCAGCAGUUGCUCUGGAGAUUUCUCGUGAGGGAAACACCGAUUUAACUCCAAUCUGCCCGCCAAUGCUGACAGCUGGACUGACCUUCAUCAGGCUUACACUGUCACAGCCUGAGGUCGCCACGUCGGUUCUCGUGAGGCUGUACAAGCCCAGAGACUCCACCAACAUCAGCCUGAGUCAGAUAAGAAUACUGGGGACGACAGCGUUCGGUGAGAUUAAAUCGAGGAAUGAAGGGAUUGAUGAGGAGCAGCUGACAAGGACCAGUCUGGGAUGGUUGAGGCUGGUGCAUCAGUGUCUCUCGGUGAGUGCGCUGUCCUCGAGUCUCUCGAAGGAGGUGCUCAACUCAGCGGCUGGGGUCGAGGGACUCGUGGAGGCCUGCUGCAGCCUUCUGCUGCUCCCAGCCCCGUCACUCUUCACCCCCAAUCUCGAGAGGGUUCUGCUUCAGCUCGGGCUCCACUCCAAGGAGCUUGGGCUCAGGCUCAUCAGCUUGUUACUCAACAACAGGUGUGCUCCUCUUCAGGGCGCCUCGCAGAAGACAUCGACAGUUCAACUUGUUGUUGAAUUACUUCAGCAGCUGUGCUCUUCCCAGGACUCGGGCACUGAAGCAAGAAUUUCAGCUGUUCUCACCUGGCUGCACACCUCAGCAAUGAGCAGUGUCGCCAGGGCACACCAGAGUAAUCCAAAUGUCGUGAGCCCACCGGCUAUUUACGUCCACUGCAUCUCCACUAUCAUCUGGAAGGCGCACGAGAUCAGGGAUCGAAUGUACAAUCUCGAAGAGUUGUUGACUGAUGAUUUAUUCAACUCUUUGUACCAGUGGACACUCUCACUGGAGACUUAUUCAGCUCUGAAGCAGGCCAUUGAUGCGACACUCUGUGCCCUCUGCCAUGUCAGGCCUUCGCUGUUUCCUCUGCUGCUUCAGAGAGUCAGGAUUCUCGUGCCUAAUUUGGCUACUGAUCAUUCGGCGUCGAUUUCUGAUGACAGGAAGGAGAGCGAGGGACAGACUGACGACAGGAAGAGUGAGGCUGACACUGAGGAGUGGUACUGCAGGCUUCAGCUGCCUGAGUACAAGUGUCUGCAGCUCACUGAGGGACAACUGCUGACUGUCGCUGCUGCUGCCAGGUCUCCACCUGGCAUUCAACAGCUGAUAGACUCGGGUUUGCCGGGGCUUCUUGUCAACAGCAUCAAGGAUUUUUGCAAGCUUGAGGGGAAUUCUGAGGGCCAGGGGGAGGGGGAGGAGGCCAGGGGGGCUGGGGGCGAGGCUGGGGGACUCACUGACAGCGACAAAGCCAGUGAGGCUUAUGGCAACAAUAGUGUUGGGCUCAAUAUGACGGAUCCUGACAGUGUGGCCACUGUCAUCGAGUUUCUCACGCUUGUCUGCUCCGAGGGGAAGAUGAGGGACUGGCUCGGCAGGGAGGGGCGGGGAUUCUGGCUGCCACUUGCUGCGCUGCUCAGUAAUAGGCCUGUGGAAAAUCCCUCCAUCACUUUUGCUAGAAUGAACGUUUCCUACACAAGAUUGGAAUCAGCAAUGAUAAAAUUUCUGUCCCGUUGCUGCUGGUGUCAUCCCAACAAUCAGAAACUACUCGCUGAACUGUUGACAGACGUAAUUCUCCAGCAGAGAGUAUCAUCGAAUGUACGAUAUCUCCAUGGAAUUUCGGGAUUCACGAGGAGAUUGAUACUUCAACUGCUCCUCGAGGGGGAGAAGGUGUUAGUGUCGGUGAGAUCAGAAACUCCGAUGACAGUUUCUAGUGGGGGUGGUAACACUGUUCCCUCUAUGCCACCUCAUCCUGCACAUCCACUUGGACAUUAUCAUCAGUUACUCUAUAUUUCAACGCAAUCCACGGUUGCUGAUAUAUUGCAACAGGUGUCUGGUACUUGGCUGACUUUGCUGCUACCCAACACGUACAAGGAGAAUGAGACAAAUAAAAAUGAGAGGAAUCAAGAAUGGAAGGAAGUUGGAUUGGCAUUCAUGGUAGACACACUGAGCGUUGCUGCUGGAAAUACUGCCAAGGAUAAACGUGCCAAGGAGGCGUCAAAUAGGUCACAGGCUCGUGGACCCAUCAUUAGAAAAUCUCGUUUAGGCUCGGACGGCACAUCCUCGUCAAAAGGCUGUGGCUCAAGUACUCAAUCAUCGUCGACGAGUUCCUCGAGCCAGCAAUACCUGACGCACUCGUCGCGCCCAAACAGCGCGCUCCUCCCCCAGCUCUGCAUCUCCCAGUUGUUGGCAAUUGCUGAGGACAGUGGACUCUCUCUGUCGGAGCCCUGCAUCCACCUGGUGCUGCGCCAGCGUACAAAAGACAACAAGGAGGAUCCCCCCAACAUCGAGGACACAGAGCUCCUCAGCUACCGAAGAAUCGAGAGUGCCCUGGGCGUUUUCUCCUCAGGCGGAGGGCUCGCAGUUCUCGCUAAGCACCUUCCCCUGGUCUACCCGGACAGCGGACGGCCCCCCAGCUUCCCGGAGAAGUCCCCCUCGCCCGAGCAGACAGACGCCGAGUGGGUGAAGGUGGAGGCAAGCGAGGACAUCUACGAGGACGUUGAAGAGGGCGGAGUGAGCAACUCCCCCAGGUCCACACCACCAGCCCCCCACGUCCCCCUGCACUCCCUGGCAGCCUUCGGGCUCUUCCUGCGGCUCCCAGGGUACGCAGAGGUCCUUCUGAGAGACAGAAAGCAAGCCCAGUGCCUCCUGAGACUGGCCCUUGGAGUGACUGACGACGGAGAGGGGGGCGACAUCCUGGGAUCACCACUGGCCACCUCGCUACCGACGUUACCCUUUCAAGUACUCAAACAACUGCUUGAGGCUACACCUCCAACCACUGAUGAUGGACAACUCCUGCGGAGGACAAUGGUGGAGAUUGGGGCAGUUCUACUGCUGCUAAAUUGCCUGGCGAUUUUCACGCAUCAGACAGGCUACAACGAGGGUUCAGACCAGCGUCUGGGCCAGGCUGGAGGUCGCAGUGACGACAAAUCCCACCUCUACUGGGCGAAAGGCACAGGUUUCGGUACCGGCUCAACCCAGCAAUCCUGGAACGUCGAGCAAGCCCUCCUCCGUCAGCGAUCGGAGGAGGAGCACGUGACAGUUCUACUGAGAGUGUUAGCAAGUUACAUUGGCCACGGUGGAGGGCCCCAGAGGGAGCUUCCCGGCCCCUUCUCCGAGCUGAUGGCGAGAUCGUGCCUGCUGCCAGCCCUCUCGUCAUACUUGAGGAACGACUCAGUCCUGGACAUGGCUAGACACAUUCCCCUGUAUCGAGCUGUUCUCCAGCUGCUGAGGUCGAUGGCACUGUCCCCCCAGCUGGCGCCACUGCUGCUGCCGAGGGCCAGCAGAUCCAGUGACCCCUCCAUCGUGUCGUUGCUGUCGAGCAUGAGAGUCUGCGUUGACACGUACGUCCACAAGAUCAACAGGACGAGGGGAAACAAGUCAAAGUCUGUGACAAAGUAUCAAGAUGAGUCUGAGCAGGACGAGGGUCUGGCCACUCUCAUUCCUGAUAUUCAGGAGAGUGCGACUAUCGUGGAGAAUGCAACCUCUCGACUCGCUGCCACUGGUGAGGAUCUCGCUGGGCCCAGUCCAACAGCCCCAGAACUACCUCUCAAGUCUGUUGAGCAGAGGUACCUGGAGGUGAUGAAGAAUCUGCAGUUUGACACGUACGAGAUGAUCGCUGAGAAUUCCGAUUGUGGGGGGUACAAAUUCGCUGUGUCAUACCACUUUGAGUCGAAUAUGAGGGCCGCUGAGGACAGAAGUCAUCCCGCCAGGGUCAAGAGACUUGCUCAGGAGGCUGUCACAUUGUCAACAGCUCUCCCAUUAUCGUACAGCAGCUCGGUAUUCGUCAGGUGUGACGCCGAUAGGCUCGAUAUCAUGAAGGUGUUGAUCACUGGACCUGCUGAAACUCCUUAUGCCAAUGGCUGCUUCGAGUUUGAUGUCUAUUUUCCACCUGAUUAUCCUAAUAGCCCUAUGCUGAUUAAUUUGGAGACCACUGGGAGGCACAGUGUUAGGUUCAAUCCUAAUUUGUAUAAUGAUGGAAAAGUAUGCCUCAGUGUCCUCAAUACGUGGCAUGGGAGACCGGAGGAGAAGUGGAACGCACAUACCAGUAGUUUUCUUCAGGUUUUGGUGUCGAUUCAGUCGCUGAUUCUCGUGCCAGAGCCCUAUUUCAAUGAGCCGGGGUACGAGAGGUCCAGGGGAACUUCCAGUGGUGCACAAUCUAGUCAAGAGUACAAUGCCAAUGUUUGUUUGGCUACUGUCAAGUGGGCCAUGCUGGAUCAAAUCAUCAAUCCAUGUCCCUGUUUCAAGGAGGUGAUUCACACACAUUUUUGGAUAAAAAGACAUGAAAUAGUAGCACAAUUGGAGAGCUGGAUAAUGGACAUGGAGAUGCAUGGAACAGACAGAAGAUCAGCUCGUACAAUAUCACUAAAUGCAUUAGCUCUAAGGAGACACUACAGACUGUUGAGAGACGCCCUGAACAAGCUGCCAACCCCCGAGGGUCUCGAGGACCUCGCGGAGCCCCUGCAGUCUCCAGCCACCUCCCUGGAGUUAGCAGGCACCCCCAGCACCCCCAGCACUCCACCAACCAGUUCAACAACGACAACACCACUGGCAAUGGUGCCACCACCCCUGACAAAUUCAGUGCCACCCCUGAACAACGCCAGUGCCAGCAAUCACGUGCACCACGACAUUGACACCGACGUGGAGAUGGAGAAAAUGGUCUCGAAAGUCUGUGAAUAGCUAAUGGAUGUUGAUAGAGAUUGUUGGACAUUUUGAAAAGUCUAUUUGACAGUGUUAUAAACAUUCAUAACCGAAUUUCAAGCAUCAAAAAAAAGAUAAAUCCAAAAAAAAAAAAUCAUCCAAAUGGAGAGGAAAACUUCGCAGAACGAAGUGAAUCGAACUUGAAAUUCAAAUAAUUUCAAGAAAACUGGAUGAUAAUCACACGAACGUGAUUUGUUAUUUUCCAUUGAAAUUUAUUUCAUUUUUUUCUCUCUCGUUCAUUCAUUUUUCUUCUCUCGUAAUUAAAACGAAAAGGGAAAAACACGAACUUUGUGCGCGAGUGAAUGACUAUUUUUUCCACAUGUUGUGGAUGAUUAUUAUGAUACUUCCAUUAUCGGGGGGAGCACUUGAGGAGAAUGGCAUGGAGAAAAGGGGGCUCUGGAUGUACAUGUGAUUAAAAAGAAUGUGAGGAGAGUUGAGGAAGUGAGGAAGGGAAAAAAAAUGGGGAGAGUUGAUGUUUGUAGUCGUGUACUCGGUUGCUAUAAAUGUACACUCGCAAUUCUACUGCUGUUGUCCUCCAUGCUUGGUACAUGAUCGAUCAUUUUACGCUCCUGUCAUUAUAUCCCCCCCACCCCCCCCCUCAUUAUGGCCCUCUUUUCAUGCUAUUGUGACGGUGAAUUUUUGAAAAACCCCAGAGAGUUUGAUUUAGGGAUGAGAAUAUAUUGCAUAUGGAUUCAAUGGCCUCUUUGAUAUUACUGAAAUGAGAGAAAUGUGUUUGUUCAAUGUUUAUUGUCAAGUGAUUGGCGAAGUGAUUUCAUAUUGACGAUUAUUUGCGAUUCUGGGCUAGAGUUGUGAAGUAAAAUGACAAAAAAAUUGUACGACAUUUUUGCUAAUUGUGGAAUUACGGGGAUAAUUGCACAAUUGGGGAAGAUUUCUAGAGGUUUUUUAGCUGUCGCCAUUCUAGUGCAGAAUCAGUUUCUUUUUAUUCCAAUUUUUAUUUUUCACGGGGCAUUUUCCAAGCGAAUUAUCAUUUCUUUGUGCAUUUAUAGUCGUUAUUCACGUAGAUAUGAAAUUACAUUCGUCAUUAUUCAUUUUUUUUUCCACUAUUUUUCAUUUUUAAUUGAUACGUUUGGUCAAUUCCCUUGAUGACAGCCAUAUACCACGCAAUAUUAAUAAAUAAUCCUAGGUAAAAAUAACGAAGUGAGGGGUGAUUAUACACUGGGUGAAUCUAAUGAGUAAAAAAAUGUGGAGAGUAAAAGUUGGAGGAACUGUGGGUAAUAAAAACGAUUAAAAAAUGUAAAUAAACAAAUUGCCAAUAAGUUAAAAGUCGUAUUAAACGCAUACGUGUUUCUAUUUUUAAGAAAUUGAAGAUAAAUAAAUAAAUGAAUGAAUACAAGGAAAUGAUGGAUAACAAUUACAACUGGUGACAUUAAAGCCAUUGCCCUGAAGUGUAAAUGAAGUAAUCGUUUAAUUUAGGGAAAUCGAUAAAUUCAGUCGAUUACACUUUCAUAAAAUGGCGAUGUACGAGGCUAGACAAGAAGUGUGUUGAUAGUUAUUUAUAAUAAACGAGUAUUACCAUUUAAAUGUU